GAAACUGGUGCAGUUUUCUCCAAACAGGAGCACAGGCCAGGGCCAUAUUCCUUCCAUCUCCUUUUGAGGAGAUCCAGAAACCCCAGCAGUUGAGCAAAAAGCAGACUUUUUUGUUAAAGUUUAGCUUUUCACUCCAUUGCGCAUGUGCGCAGAACAAAGAGGAUCUGUUGGUCGCAUAUACCCCGGUCGGUGCAGUUUUCUCCUAAAAGGAGUACCGGCUGGAGGUUUUAGGUAAUUUGGACUAGUUCUAAAAGAUCCUGACCAUUUUCGACUGUUAUUCACGAACAGAAUGCAUUUCACAUCCCUUUGUAUCCUGAUGACCCUGCUGGCCCUUUGCUGGUGUUUGGACAAUGGCUUAGUAAGAACACCACCAAUGGGCUGGAUGACAUGGCAGAGGUACAGAUGUAACAUAGACUGCAAGAGCGAUCCAGAUAAUUGCAUAGGUGAGAAUUUAAUCAAAAGCAUGGCUGACAAGAUGGCUGACAGUGGCUGGCGAGAUCUUGGGUAUGUUUAUGUUUGCAUUGAUGACUGCUGGUCAAGGAAACAAAGGGAUUCUAAUGGAAGACUUGAGCCUGACCCAGAAAGGUUUCCAAGUGGCAUGAAAGCCCUAGCUGAUUAUGUUCAUGCUAAAGGGUUGAAACUGGGAAUAUACAGUGACAUGGGUAACUACACAUGUGGUGGGUACCCUGGAACAACCCUGGACACCAUCAAGAUUGAUGCUGACACUUUUGCGUCCUGGGAAGUUGACAUGUUAAAAUUUGAUGGAUGCUAUUCAAAUUCCACAGAAAAGGCUUUAGGAUAUCCUAAAAUGAGUGAAGCUUUAAAUGCUACUGGGAGGCCAAUCCUGUAUUCCUGUAGCUGGCCUGCCUAUGAGGGUGGACUCCCUCCAAAGGUAAACUACACACAGCUGGGCAGCAUCUGUAACAUGUGGAGAAACUACGGAGACAUUCAGGAUUCCUGGGACAGUGUUCUGGAUAUUAUUGAGUGGUAUGCUAAAAAUCAGGAUGUGUUACAGCCAGCUGCAGGCCCUGGAAGAUGGAAUGAUCCAGAUAUGCUGAUAACUGGAGACUUCGGCCUAAGCUAUGAACAAUCCAAAUCACAACUGGCUAUUUGGGCAAUUCUGGCAGCACCUUUUAUCAUGUCUAAUGACCUCAGAACAAUAUCGCAAGAUGCCAAAGAUCUAUUACAAAAUCGCUUGCUCAUUUACAUUAACCAAGACUCUAUGGGAAAGCAGGGAAAUCUUAUCUUACGGUUUGGCAGUCUAGAGGUAUGGAAGCGAGAGCUGAUGAAUGGACAGUAUGCAGUUGCCGUGCUUAAUAAAGGAACAGACGGAUUACCCAAACCAUACUCUACCAGCCUUGGCUUGCUCAAUGUCACUCAAUGCACUGAUGGCUAUAAAUUGUACAAUGUAUUUGAAAAAGAGUACUUGGGGAUUUUUAAAUCUAGCACAGGAAUCGAUAUGAGAGUAAACCCCACAGGUGUUAUUUUUCUGUUCAUGCGUCCUGUGUCUACAUCAUAUAUCCCAUAAUUUCACUGAAGUUCAAACCAUGUUAGAAAAAGGAUGGUGCAACUAUCACAGGAUAAAUUUAAAUUGCAUUAUGUGGUAUAAGAUCCUAUACUGGGCGUUAUCUUUGUAUGUACAGACCUGCAUAUGCACAGUAUAUUUGUAUGUAUUUUUCAUGCCACUGCUUUUAUAAAAUCAAACCAUAAAUGCUUAUGUUGUAUGUGAAAGAGUAAAAUCAUGUUGGUAAAUGGGUGAACUAUAUACUUUUAAAUCACUGAUUUCUCAUACUUAAGUUAGUAUAUUACUGACGCUAUGACUAACACUGGUUUAUUAAAGCUCUCAGCAAAAUGUAAUCCUGAAUUAGCGGAACUAGGGAUUUCCUGAAUUGAUCAUUUUUGGAUUUGGACAAAUAUAAAAAUUUUCUCAAAAA